GCACAUCACACUCUCCUCGAAGCAUGAUCUUCACUCCCUUCCUUCCACCUCCUGAUUUGUUUGUUUUUCAGAAUGUGAAAGACACCAAGGAAUUUGUUUUUGUUUUUGUUUUUUGGUCUGACACCAUGGAGAACCCAUCCAAUGGCAAAAGCUCACCCAGAGAGCCUACUGGUCCCCAAGGGUCUUGGAGGAGCUGGUUCCAGAGAGCCCUAUCACAUUUCACCAGGUCCUUCAGUGCCGCUGGUUUCUCAGUCACCAUCGCAAUAGAGUUCAGCCAAUGA